UGUAGUCGCAAAGUCGCGUGGCUGCUGGUCAGUGCGUCUGCAGUCACUCUCAGCAGCUUGCACCGUAAUCAGCUGUUGCACACGCCAGGAGGGAGAGCGAAAGUGUAUGUAUGUGUGUGUGUGUGUGCGUGUGUGUGUGUGUGUGUGUGUGUGUGAGAGAGAGAGAGAGAGAGAGUUGAGAGUAUAGAGAUGUCUUGAGAUGGAUUACUGGAUGGACCUGGUUGUCCAUUACGCAGAAGGACUCUAAUUUCUGGACAUUAAAAACUAUGGAUAGGCCUACUGAUGUAAAAAAGACUAACAACGAGGCUUAAACCGCGUUUAUAAGAAAGGUGACAGGGAGUAGAAUAUGGAUGCUGAGGGAAUCCAACACGUCGACAGAGACAUGGAGGCCACUUCAUGGCCUUUUUCCGUGACCACCGACUGGCAGGAGGACGGAAACGAGAUGACGGGGAAUCAGUUCCAGCAGCCCGACUGGCAGGUGGCUUUGUGGGCUAUGGCGUACUCCCUCAUCAUCCUGGUGUCCAUCACUGGCAAUGUGACAGUGAUCUGGAUUAUUCUUGCUCACAGACGUAUGAGGACUGUGACCAAUUACUUAAUCGUCAACCUGGCUUUCUCUGACGUUUCCAUGGCAACCUUCAACACUCUCUUUAACUUUGUGUACGCACUUCACAACGACUGGUACUUUGGCCUCGGCUACUGCCGGUUUCAGAACUUCUUCCCCAUCACGGCCAUGUUCUCAUCUAUUUACUCGAUGGCUGCCAUCGCAGUGGACAGGUACAUGGCCAUCAUCCACCCUCUGAAGCCCCGCCUCUCCUCCACCUCUACAAAGGUUGUGAUCGCCCUCAUUUGGAUCGUAGCAAUCUUACUGGCUUUCCCUCAGUGCUACUACAGCGUGACAAUAUUUUACUACCCCAGAACUGUGUGCAUGGUCGACUGGCCGGACGAUUAUGGAGGGACACAUCAACUAAGUUAUCAGUUUGCAGUGAUUUUGCUGAUCUACCUGCUCCCUCUGCUGGUGAUGCUGGUGACCUACAGUUUAGUGGGUCAGUCAUUAUGGGGUGGGCACAUCCCUGGAGAGGCGAGGGACAAUUACCACAGCCAGAUCACUGCCAAGAGAAAGGUGGUGAAGAUGAUGGUUGUCGUGGUCUUGACCUUUGCCCUCUGCUGGUUGCCCUACCACAUCUACUUCAUACUGGGAUCCUUUAACAGAGACAUUUAUAAACAGCAUUACAUCCAACAGGUGUACCUGGCUAUAUUCUGGUUGGCGAUGAGUUCAACAAUGUACAAUCCUAUCAUCUAUUGCUGUCUAAACCAAAGGUUUCGUGCUGGUUUCCGUCAUGCGUUUGUUUGGUGUCCUUUCAUCAAAGUGUCGGAGGAGGACAGGAUGGAGCUGCAGCACACACACACCUUCAGAGCUACCAUGAGCCGCAGCCACCGCAAAGACAGUACAUACAUACACACCUCCAUCAAAACACCCAACGCCUUUGACGCAAACGCAGCUAUCAACAGUGAUAUCAACUCAGAAAGAGAUGCUUGCAUGCAGCUUAAAAAACAAACACCAUUAAACACUUACAGCUCACACAGCACAUGUGCAGAAGAUACAAGAUCUCCAGCUGACACACUUCUACAGCACAACAACUGAAACAAAACACGAUGAGGACAUCACGAUAGAAAAUAAUUGGGUUUUUGAGCUGAUAAUAAUUAGACUUCAUCCAAAAAAUAUAGGGGAGAUCCAACAGGGUGAAGUGUGGUGACUUCAUGUGGGAGUUGUUUAGAUGUGGCUUUGGACCAAUAACCCUUUUUUUCGUUAAAGAGGAAUAUAAAUGAAUGUGACUGGUGGAUGUUUUGCUGUUAAUACCAAAGUGGUCAUGGAAAUAGAGUUAUAUGUGAAGAAACUACAUCUGCAUUAAUGAAAACAAGAGUUUUAUUCUCGCAUUGUUAGUGUUUGAUGUUUGUAAGAACAUCUGUAGAUAAAUCCAUCCAUGAUUCAUUUCUCUUACUGAAGCCUUUUUCCUUUGUCCUCCCUCUAUCAUUUACAUUCACUAACUACGCUUCUCCUUUGAGAAACUGGAAAUUGUGGAUAUCUACAGAGUGUGAAACUGUAGUCUUUGUGAUGUUUAUUUUCAACAACAACAACAACAACAACAACAACAACAACAACAACGUAUAAUGGAUGAGAAGUCCUCUGGCAUCAGCAGCAAGCCUUAAUAAUGUGUUUUUUCUUCGACAUGGGACAUUUCAUAUUUGUCACCAAUCUUAAGACACAAAGUGUUGUUAUUGGUAACAUAGUUAAAGCAACAUUUGUUCAGCUUUCUGGUGUUCAAAGUUAGCACCAAUGUGCUGAUUAGCUCUUGUUGUUAGUGUGGGAUUGCCUUGAGCUUAUAAUAACACCUUUAUUAAGGGGAUAUCUUUGCAGUUUAGAAUAUGAGUCUGAGGAGCUCUGCUGUAUCAAUGCAGCUUUUAAAGAUGUUAUUCUACUGUCACUUGAAAUAGUCGAACAAAAGUUUAAUUACAACUUGCUCAAUUUAUUACAUUGAAAGACACAGAAUUAGCUAUUUAUAAUAUUAACUGAUUUUCUAAUCACCAUCAUUACAGUUUCAGUUGACAAAAUAAACACAAAACUGAUUAUAAAAUAUUUUAGAGGCAAAAUUAGCCUUGAUUAUUUGUAUAGACUUUGCUGGAUGUUUCUUACUAUCAGUUAUAUGGUGAGCAUGUAUCUUUUAUUGUAACAGUCUUUAAACAUGUCUUUCACAUAGUGUGCAUUCAUACAGUACGUUGCUCGUGUAUUGUGACUUCACACGUUCCUACAACUGUAAUAUUUUAAGAUUUUUAUGUUCAUGGUGAAGUAGAGUACACAUUAAAAAUUAAAAGUGCUGCUAAUUAGACGAAUGUGAUGUAAAUGUAAUCUAUUGAGUGUAUUAUGUAACAUAUUUUGAUGAAGUGGAAAUGUAAAUAAGGUGACAUGUUUGUGCAGUUAGUAUGAUGAUAAUGUUGUAAAUAAUGUAGCUUGUAAUUGUCAACAUUUCAGAAUGGAGAGAAAACCUUUUCAAUUCUUGUGACAACUUUUACUUUUAAGGUAAAGUGACAAAGUGAAACAUGUAUUGUUGUCUACAGAAAUCAGCAGGGUAGAAGUUUGUGGCCUAAAUAAAAGUUGAUAAUAUGUUUAAUAAAUGUGAGUGUGCGUGUAAUGGUC